GCCAUAUUGUUGCCUUGUAAGGGUGAAGGUCAAUUGAAUAUUUUAUGCGGGCCUGCAACAUGUCAGCUGCCAUGAAGCAACGGGCUCAGAAAAAGAAAGAUUUGAAAAUUGAAAAAUCACCACCACCAGACAGCAGACGUGAGGAGACCAAUUAUGAGUUUCCAUGGACACCAAAGGGAUAUACUGCCUUUAAGAUCCUCCUCUCUGCCAGACUGUGUGCAGCAGUGUGGAAUAUUGUCGGAGAUUGUGAUGAAACCUACAACUACUGGGAACCGAUGCACUUUCUGAUGUUUGGUAAAGGUUACCAGACCUGGGAAUAUUCCCCUAUGUAUGCAGUCCGCUCCUAUGCCUAUCUCUGGAUCCAUGCCUUACCAAUCUCCCUCUACAAGUCAUUAUUUAGCACAAACAAGAUCAUGCUGUUCUACAUUCUACGCUGUGUAUUUGCUUUUGCAUGUGCUUCCUGUGAGGUUUAUUUUUACAAAGGUGUGUGUAAACAAUUUGGAGCCAACACAGGAAGGAUAACUCUUGCUGUCUUGUUGAUCAGUCCUGGAAUGUUUAUUUCGUCCACUGCCUUUCUCCCCAGUAGUUUUUGUAUGUACAUGACUCUGCUGUCAAUGGGGGCCUGGUUCCAGGAACAUCUUCAGGUAGCCAUCUUGUCCACAGCUGCCAGUGCUAUCCUGGGGUGGCCCUUUGCAGGAAUUCUGGGAGCCCCCAUAGCUGGAGAUAUAUUGCUGAGAAAAAAGGAGUUACAAUUUUUUAUAAAGUGGUGCUUGAUGGCUCUGGUCCUGUUUCUGUUGCCAAGCAUGCAGACUGAUUUCCAUUACUAUGGGAAGCUGGUCAUCGCCCCUUUAAACAUAGUCCUGUAUAAUGUUUUCACAGAACAUGGACCCAAUCUCUAUGGUGUGGAACCAUUUUCUUAUUACUUCCUGAAUGGGUUCCUAAAUUUCAAUGUGAUGUUUGUGUUGGCAUUGUUCAGCUUACCCUGUGUUUACCUUGUGAAGUUCUUGCUGAGACUAAAGGAAAAAGAUAAACCAACAUGGCUGUUGAUGCUGCCCAUGUAUCUAUGGAUUCUUAUUUUCUUCACCAGGCCUCAUAAGGAGGAGAGAUUUCUGUUCCCCAUCUAUCCACUCCUGGCCCUAUAUGGAGCUGUUGGUAUCGACUAUUUACAGAAGCUGUGUUGUUUAUUACUGCCCCGACAAAUGGGCCGUCACUACACAGACAAUACGAGCUGGAUCCCUAUCUGUCUGUGUGUCCUGUUUAGUGUUCUGUCAUUCUCACGUGUCGUUGCUCUGUAUCAGGGAUACCAUGCACCUUUAGAUGUUUAUGUGGAGCUAAACAGGAUUUCCUCUGAUCCCAAAAUUCACACUUUAUCUCCAGAUAAGGUGGUCAGUGUGUGUGUAGGGAAAGAGUGGUACCGUUUUCCCAGCAACUUUUUUCUCCCUGGAAACAAUUGGAAUCUUCAGUUCUUGAGGUCAGAAUUCAGAGGUCAGCUGCCAAAGCCAUAUAAUUCUGGGGAAGAUGCCACUAGUCAGAUUCCAUCAGACAUGAAUGAUCGUAACAGAGAAGAAAUGUCCAGAUAUACAAACAUCACCAGGUGUCACUAUCUGAUAGAUCUUGACACACAGACAGACACAAAAUUUGAACCUAAUUACUCAGCCAUUCCAGAGGAGUGGACUAUUUUGUAUUCUGUGCCAUUUUUAGAUGCAAGCAGAUCUCACAGACUUUUGCGAGCAUUUUACAUUCCUUUUAUCUCAGGGAGAUACUGUACAUAUGUGAAUUAUAAUUUAUUGAAAACUACAAGGACUAAAAAAACUAGUGCUGGUAGAAAAAGGUAAAUUGUUGUCAAAUCAGAAACUCAAUAGUCAUUUAAGUUGCAAGUAUUGAUAUAUAAAUUGUUGUCAAGUCGGAAAUAAAGUUAUCAACAUAUAGAA